AUGAGUAAAGAGAAGCUUGUAGUGGAAGUGCUGGGGGCCCACAACUUGAUGCCUAAAGAUGGAGAGGGUUCUUCUUCUGCCUUUGUUGAAGUUGAGUUUGAAGGUCAAAGGCAAAGGACUCAAGUCAAAUACAAAGACCUUAACCCUGUUUGGAAUGAGAAGCUUGUGUUUCAUGUAAACGACGUCGCUGACCUCCCUUACAGAACCAUUGAAGUCAACGUGUUUAACGAGAAACGGUCAAACAACAGCCGGAAUUUCUUGGGUAAGGUUAGGGUCUCCGGCACCAGCAUUGCCAGGGAGGGCCAAGAGGACCUCAUUCCACAGCUUCACACGCUUGAUAAAAGGAGCCUUUUUUCUCACGUGCGCGGGGAGAUCACAUUCAAACUCUAUUUGUCUGUAAAAGAGCAUGUCAAAGGUGGUGGUGGUGGGGUGGUGGUUUCUGGUGGGGUUUCCAAGAAAAGCAACAAGUUUCAGCAGCAAAAUGCCAACACGGUGGUUCAGAACCACCAGCAAAUGGGUGGGGCUGGCGGUGGGGGUCAGGAAAACAAGAAAAUGACACAUCCGAACCAGAUGACCAACAAACCCGACCCGAACCAGGGUGACCUCAAGCCAGUUGUCAUCACUUCCAUCCCGGGUCCACCCAUCCCCGCCAUGAACGUGGCUGUACCAGGUGGCGGUGUUGGUGGUGGGGGCGGCGGUCGUGUAGGGUUGUUUUCCGGUGGGUCAAACGAGUACUCCUUGAAAGAAACAAAUCCGCAUCUUGGUGGGGGUUUGUUGAACAAAGACAAGACAAGCUCAACCUAUGACCUGGUGGAGCAAAUGCAGUAUCUUUACAUAAGGGUGGUGAAAGGCCGUGAAAUCCCGGUGGUCGGUGGCGGAGAGCUGGUGGCGGAGGUGAAACUUGGAAACUACAGAGGAAUCACAAAGAGGGCUGCUUUGAACAACGCAGAAUGGGACCAAGUAUUUGCAUUUUGCAAAGACACGAUACAAUCAUCCAUGGUGGAAAUAUAUGUGAAGGAGAGAGACAAAGAUGAUUUCUUGGGUCGUGUUUGGUUUGACCUGAAUGAAGUCCCUAAAAGGGUCCCACCAGACAGUCAACUGGCACCACAAUGGUACAGAAUGGAUGAUAAGAGAGGGGAGAGAGGGAAAGGUGGAGAAGUUAUGGUAGCAAUUUGGUUUGGGACUCAAGCGGAUGAAGCUUUCUCAGAGGCAUGGCAUUCAAAGGCUGCGAACGUGCAUUUAGAUGGGCUUUGUUCAAUUCAAUCCAAGGUAUAUCUUUCACCUAAACUAUGGUACUUAAGGGUUUCCGUGAUUGAAGCACAAGAUGUCGUUUUGGGUGAAAAAGGGACAUCUUUAAUGAGGUACCCUGAGCUUAAUGUCAAAGUACAAGUCGGAAACCAGGUUUUAAAAACCCGGGUCGCCCCGGCCAUGGCCAAUCGCAGCCUCUCAAACCCGUUUUGGAAUGAGGACUUAAUGUUUGUGGUGGCCGAGCCGUUUGAGGAUUAUGUGAUUUUUUCUGUGGAGGACCGGGUCGCCCCGAACCGUGAGGAGGUUGUGGGUCGGGUCAUGCUUCCGGUUUCGGUUAUUAACAGGAGGUUGGAUUCAAAGGAAGUGGCUUCAAGGUGGUAUAAUCUUGAUGGGCAUUCGAGUAACCCGAAUGAGUCAAAAUCAGUUGUUAGGUUUGCUUCUCGGAUCCAUAUACGGGCCUCACUUGAUGGUGGGUAUCAUGUGCUUGAUGAAGCUACAAUGUAUAGUAGUGACGUUAGGCCUACAGCUAAGCAGCUAUGGAAGCCUCAUAUCGGUGUUCUUGAGAUGGGUAUUCUUGGGGCUUCUAAUCUUAUGCCAAUGAAGAUGAAAGAAGGUAAAGGCGGGUCCACGGAUGCUUACUGUGUGGCGAAAUACGGCCAGAAAUGGGUCAGGACCCGAACCGUUGUGGAUAGUUUGGCUCCGAAAUGGAACGAGCAGUACACCUGGGAAGUUUUCGAUCCGUGCACGGUGAUCACAAUUGGGGUUUUCGACAAUUCGCGGGUCGAUAAGAACCCGACUGGUAAUGGGGCGGGCACACGUGAUUCACGGAUCGGAAAAGUCCGGAUCCGGUUGUCUACACUUGAGUCAGACCGGGUGUACACCCAUGCAUACCCGCUAUUGAUGUUGCAUCCUUCUGGUGUUAAGAAAAUGGGCGAGCUUCAUUUGGCUGUUAGAUUCUCUUGUGCUAACAUGCUGAACAUGCUUCACAUGUACACAAUGCCUUUACUACCUAAGAUGCACUACGUACAGCCUUUGUCUGUGAGCCAGUUAGAUAGCUUGAGGUACCAAGCCAUGAAUGUGGUGGCUUCGCGGCUGAGCCGAGCCGAGCCGAGUCUAGGGAGGGAAGUGGUGGAGUACAUGCUGGAUCAUGAUUCUCAUAUGUGGAGCAUGAGGAAGAGCAAAGCUAAUUUCUUCCGGCUCCAGAGAGUGUUGGGUUGGCUUGUGUUCGUGAACCGGGUGAUUGAUGCGAUGAGGAACUGGAACAUGCCGGUUUACUCGAGCAUGUUUGUGGUUACUUUUAUGAUUCUGGUACUGAUGCCGGAGCUUAUUGUGCCAUCGAUUCUGUUGGGGUUUGCGGUUAUUGGACUAUGGAAAUACCGAUUACGCCCCCGGUACCCACCUCACAUGGACACACGCCUGUCGUAUGCGGAAAGCGUUCACCCGGAUGAAUUAGAUGAGGAGUUUGACUCUUUUCCAACGAGCAGAAGCGCAGAGGUUGUGAGGAUUAGGUAUGACAGGCUGAGGAGUGUGGCGGGGAGGAUCCAGACGGUGGUUGGUGACAUGGCGACUCAAGGGGAGAGGUUCCAGGCGUUGCUGAGCUGGCGAGACCCGAGGGCGUCCUUCUUGUUUGUGGUGGUUUGUUUCUUUGCUGCUUUUGGGUUUUACUUGGUGCCAAUCAGGUGGGUGGUGGCGAUUUGGGGAUUGUACUUUCUGAGGCCACCCAGGUUCAGGAACAAGUUGCCAUCCAGUGGUGUUAGUUUUUUCAAGAGGCUGCCUACAAUGGCUGAUAGCAUGUUGUAG